AUGAUGAGGCGCAUAAGUAACGCAGUUGAAGCACAAACAGGCAUGUCACUACCUCCAAUUCACGAAGAACCUCACGCCAUCGAGCUGUUCAACAUCGGCUAUCACAAACUUCAAUUAAAGCCGAGUAAGCGUAAGCGCAGAACCAAUCAGCUCAAGCUUACCACGGUGCUGAGAUUAAUUCGCGAAGCUGAAGGCACAGGCACGCGGUCGCUUCCAUUCAAGCGGCGGAAGCGU